AAUACGAUAUAAUUAAGGAGUAUAUAUAUAUACGGUGCGGAAGCACCGGAAAGUUGCAUUACAUACAAACGCUUAUUUGAUCAAUAAAUGGAAAUAUUUUGUUGACUUUUUAAGAAAAUUAUUACAACAAACCAUUUUUUAGGCGAUGGCACUUCUUAUGAACAUAAGCAACUUCGCAAAAUUUUAGAUAUUACUGCCCAAAGUUGGAAAAUCAGCAAUACAAAGAUGUAUUCACAUAAGCGCAGCACUAAACAAAGUCCAAUCAGGGCGAUACAGGGUAACAUUGAAAAAGAAUAGGCCAUUGACUUAUGAAAUGGCAUAUAAACCAUCCGAUAUAGCACACAAAAAAUCUUGGAACUCCUGGAACACAUCAAAUAUUGUUGAUGGCAAUAGGCCUAUGGAAAGUGCAGUAGAAGACAUGUUUAUUAGAAGGUUCAUGACAGGAACAUGGCAUGGUCUUUUUGUGAGUGAAAUUAUCGUCAAACGUCACCAUAACAUGGUUAGAGUGGCAGGUAUUAUUCAACGUAAUUUGGAUCAAAGAAAAAUUUACUUUUUGACUGGCUAUUCAGAAGAACUUAUGAGUUACUAUUUGCAUUGCCCUGUUAAAAUAGAGCUACAAUCAGUAGAGAAAAAAGAAGAAGUUAUUUAUAAAUAUAUAUAAAUUUAUAAACUUUAUUUUAAGCGUUAAAUAUAACAAUUUGUACAGAUCAUCACAGUCA